GGCCACUACGUGACAGCAUCGAUAGUAUCGAUAACUAUAUGUUCGGGCUCGCCUGCUUUGCACCAUUUCGCUACCCACACGUAAUUUCGGAAUUUGCUAGAAAAACACCGAUCUGCUGUUUAUCUUACGCCAAAAUAGCGCUUAUAAGUCAAAAAGACACUUUCCGGCUGUCAGAUGGACGAAGACUCGGCUUCGAUACAGCUGGAGGAUAGGCGUCUCGGGAAAGCAGUCGAUCUUGAUCUGCCCCCAGGGCCACCCGGCGUCGACGAGAAAAGCGGAAACGAGAACUGUGAGCUUAGGAGCGGUGGGUCGGGAAAGCGCGGAAAGUCGAGUUCCAGGCGCCGUUCCACAUCCCGUGGGCGGUCGGAUUCCCGCAACACCUCGCCGUCAAACACUCGGCGAAGACAUUCCAUGUCCCGCUCGCUGACUCCACCGCGUCGUGGUCGUUACGAUUCGCCCGAUUAUGGGCGGUAUCCCCGACGCCGCUUUGAUCGGCGGCGCUCCCCCGAACGCAGACGCUCUCCGCCACGACGAGGCCGCCGGUACGGGCGAUCCCGAACCCGCAGCAUCUCACCCCGACGGGGAGGUCGCUGGUCACCAAAAAAAAAGCCGUCGUCGCCGACAGUGCCGCCUCAAGGAGGACCACCUCCUCAAAUGACUCCCGGCUAUGGAACUAUGGCUCAUAUGUAUGGAUCAUACGUUGCUCCACCAAAUAUCUACGGUCACCAAUACGGAUUGCCGCCUGGCUCGUUUCCACCUCCGGAACCGGGGUACGGCAUACCAGGUCCCCCGCCUGACCAAAGCGCUUUUGGCUCUGGCUAUGGUCCGCCUCCCACAAGCUCGUGGGGCGUAAACGAGUACGGUCAGCAGGUCUGGAUAAACCCGCCCAUGGGCGGGGUCCAGGCAUCCGCUACAGACGCCCUUAUCCAGCCGCAGAAGGCCCGCGAAACUCUUUCUGACAAGAAGAUAGGCGAGGAGCAGAAGGUGCCAGCGCUUGAAGGCGCAGGUUUGACGCCUCAAGACGCCGUGGCACAAGAAGCGGAAAAGCAAAAGGACGAACUCAAGAAACAGCGGACAAACUAUGUGAAAAAGGUAACGCUGCUCAAAAAGGAAAUGAAAGUACUUAAGGACCAGCGCGAGGACCUGGCAGCCGGCGAUGCACCACCCUCCCCAACCACAAAGAAUUUCAUCGAAGAAAAUGAUCGCCUGCAGAUGCAAAUUAAGAAGAAACUGGACACAAUUGAAAACGUUAUAGACAUGCUGAACGGCAUAAUUGGAUACGAAGAUGUUGAUGAUGAACCUUCUAAGCAGAAGUUCCACGGCAAGCCUCAGCCGGAACAACAGGGUAGCCGCUCCCACUCCUCCAGUGAAAGUUCCGCUGACAGCUCGGAAUCCAGCUCAUCAUCUAGUAGUGCGUCGGAUUCGUCUGGCGAUAACGAAGAUGAGGAAGAGACAGUCGGCGCCGUAGGUAGUCCCACCAAUCGGCUUAAGCACCGCGCCAUAAAGUCGAUGAAGUCAAAGCAGCGACAUGGUGAAAUGAAGACAGUACCAGCCCCAGCACAAAAUUACAAUUUUGUGUUUUUCGAUCCCGAGCAGCAUUGGUGUGAGAGCUGUGGAGUUUUUCCUAAGUCUGCUCGAGACUAUUUAAAGCAUUUGCACGCCGAGGAACACAUGAAUCGUGAGACCAUAGAAACUCCCUGGCAUGUGGGUAUUGACCACGAUCCCUUUCCCACAUUUGACAACGCACCUUCCAGGCGCGUCCCCGUUAGGGGCAUGCAAUUUCUGGUGCCGGCUAACGCUUGGUUUUGCAAGCUCUGCAGUGUUUGGAUUGGAGACUUGCACUGCGCUUCCGCUCAUCUCAAGUCUAGACUUCACUCAAAUAAAUACCAGCUAUUUAUAAAUCAGAAUCCCAACUAUGAAAUGGAGUGGCAAGGAAACCGUGAGCGGGCCAUGAAUCAACAGAAAGGCCACGAUGAUUCCAAGAGUAAAAAGACCAAGAAAGAUGAGGACAAGGCGUCCAAAAAAAGAAGAAAAAAAAGCGGCGACAAAAAAAAAAAGAAGCGCAAGCACGGAAAGAAGAGCAAACGAAGUACAAUCGAUGCAAACAGCACAUCGUCAUCCUCUGAUAGCUCUUCGUCAGAAGAAGAAAAUGGACAGCAACCAAAGAAGGGUCGUACCGAACAGCAACCAAUUGGUCAAUCAGAUAAGUCAACUACUGCUGCAUCAAUACGCGUGGCCAUGAGAAAGCAGGAAAGCACACCUACCAAUUUGAAGCCGGAAGUGCCUUUACAGUCUGUGGUGCCGCCUCCGCCACCAAUCAUAAAGGAUUCCACAGUUGCUUCAGGACGGGGUAAAUGGACUUCCGCCAAUGUCGAAGAACAAAAGGAGGAUGAAAAGAAACGGGAUGAUACCAUGCUCAAGCAAUGGAAUAAUGUGCAGCCUGUUAUAAGCGAGAGUGAAAAGAAGCUGUUGGAACAGCUUAAAGGAAGGCUGAAGAACAAGGGAAGCCGCGACCAGGACAACCAUAAAGUAGUACCAACAGAAGCGAAUGAUGAAAAGAUUAGGCGAGGUGGAGGACGUCAUUCUCGUUCACGUUCUAAGCGGCGGAGCUACUCUCGAAGCCUAAGCGGACGGGAUCGAUACCUGCGGGAUCGUGAGCGAGACAGAGACCGUGGUCGCUGGCGUCGGUCACGCAGUCGUGGUCGGCACUUCUCCCGUUCGCCUAUAAGAUCCAGCCGAAGAAGUCGAUCCCGUGAGGGCCGAAGUCGACGCAGUCGUAGUCGCUCUAUUGAACGGGUAGAGCGUCCUGUGAUCAAGCAUUCCGAGUUUCGUCCCCGUACUGUACCGGAACGCAAGCAAACGGAUAUAAAACGCGACAAGAAGGAUGCAGAAAGAAAGUCAAAAUUAUCAAAGCCCAAUAGCAAUUCCUUGCCUGGAGGCAAAAAGCUGCCUUUCAUCGGUAAGAUGCCAGUAUUCAAAAAGCAGUCUGUUCCAGCUUCCAACUACGAUGCUUCUGUUGUCUACACCAACGGCUGUUUGGAGGCGCCACCUCCACCACCUCCCCCAUUGGCUGGAACGACGAGUCAGGUAGCUGUGCGCCCACAAGCACCGACAGCUGCCCAGAUUCAGAUGGCAAUGAUGGAAGAUGCUUUUGGCAAUGCUCCCCCAUUUCAUCCUGAUGCGGGUAUGAUGGUAGAUUACGAUGAGCUAAUGCCAGAUCCCGUUCAGUUCGCCAAUUUAAUGACGAGCUGCCCUCCUCCUCCACCGCCUGGAGAAGACUCUGAUGGUGACGCUCAUGGCCCUGAAGCUGACGAUCAGCAUGACAACGAAAACCGCGAGGACGUCUUGCCCCCAGGCAUUGAUGAAGUUGAAUCUGACCUGGUACCGAAUCCGUUAGGAGCAGCGGCACAACCCCGCGACGGGGAACUCCCAAAGGACUUGGUCGAAGCGCUUGACAUAAUAUUCCCCAGCGACGGAGCGAUUAUGGAGGCAUCAAAUGGAAACAGUGAAAAGCAGGCAGAGGUGACUAUCACCACCAUUGUUGAGGAUGACGCAGUGCUCAGUGAGCUUAAUCUACAAGAUUUAGCUAAGCAAGGUAUCCACCUUGUAACUAUCGAUGAAGCAGAAGUCUCAAAAAAAUCACCUAUUCAAAACUCGAAAAAGAAUGAAGAGUCGCAGGGUUUUAAUGGCAAAUCUGACGCCCGAGAAAAUUUAAAACUGAUUGACGCGGAGGAUAUCCCAAUGCCGAAUUCGCCUCCAACUGAGCCGUCAUUUGACGAUGAGAUGAAAAGCAAGGCCUUCAAGAAGCAGGCAGAUAUCCCAGAAAUACCACAGCCGGCUGCAUCGCCUUCAGACAGUGAGAAGCUUCGUCGUCAGUCGGAGCUUGACGAGUUGGCUAUGCUGGGAAUCGACAGCAGUGACAUGGCGGCACAAUAUGCGUUGUAAGAUUUGAGCUGACUUGGCUAAACCAAAGGCAAGCCCGACUACGGUUACACGGAUGGACGAAUCUUGAAGCCCCAUAAAAAAGGAACAGUUUUA